AAAUUUAGCUGCGAUUAGUAUACCGUUUGGGCUCAGUUUACUAUUUUGGGCCUUCCUAGAGUUGGUGCUGCGGUGGAAUUGCGAUUCGGGCUACAAAAUAGAUCGGGCUCUAAAGUGUCAUCUGCCUAGGGCUGACCAGGACUGACACAAAUUUAGAUUCAAAAUGUUUUUAUGGGAUUGGUUUACCGGAGUUUUGGGGUACCUGGGUUUGUGGAAGAAGUCGGGGAAGCUGCUCUUCUUGGGUCUGGACAAUGCUGGCAAAACAACCCUUUUGCACAUGCUCAAGGAUGAUCGGCUAGCGCAGCACGUCCCCACGCUUCACCCUACAUCUGAGGAACUGUCCAUCGGCAACAUGAGGUUCACAACCUUUGACCUUGGUGGUCACCACCAAGCGAGACGCGUCUGGAAGGACUACUUCCCAGCCGUCGAUGCUAUAGUGUUCCUUAUUGACACUUGCGACGCUGCCAGGUUUGCUGAGAGCAAAGAGGAGCUCGCUGCUCUUCUCUCGGACGAGCAGCUGGCCAGCUGUCCCGUGUUGAUUCUGGGCAACAAAAUCGACCGUCCGCAGGCUGUGUCUGAGAACGAGCUGCGACAGUACUUUGAGCUGUACGGCCUGACCACUGGCAAGGGCAAAGUGCCUCGCGCGGAACUGCCUGGACGCCCACUCGAGUUGUUCAUGUGUUCGGUGCUGAAGCGACAGGGCUACGGAGAGGGCUUCCGGUGGCUGGCCCAGUACAUCGACUAGACAGCUCUCUUUCACUCAUUCCCUUUUUCAUCAAUGCAAUUUGGCCACUUUGUUAUCGGCUCUGAUUUGCGAUGCCUCGUUUGCUGCAAAAUUAUUUGGAUGAAUUUGAUUUGAAUGAAUUUUUCCAACCACUUUCAUUUGGUUCAGGGUAUGUUCAGGGGGAGGAGCAAAGCAGUCAGGUCAAUUACAGCUUAUAAAGCUGUUCCUGCGAGAUGAAUUGCCUUUUAAUGUUAGACACCCUGAAACACUGGUGGACGAAAAUGUGUGGCAAGUUUUAAUUUUCAAUCAGGACUAGCUUAGGAGUUGCUCAAUAAUCAUUGAGGUUAAAUCUGGUUAUUUUUAGUUUUGCACCUCCCUGAAUAUCUGAACCCAAAUGAACAUUAUUACGUCUAUUGUUGAGGGUUUUAAGUUAUUAUUUUGUUUUAAAGGAAAAAUUUUAUAUCUAAAUGCAGAAAUAGUGAAAGUGAAGCAACAAAAAAUGUGAUCAGAGGAUCAAGAUUCUGCCACUCACCUCUGUAAAAUAAACCAGCAUUGUAAAAUUUCGUCAUAAUAUAUAAAUUGAUUACAGCAUUCA